AUGGGCAACCCGGGCAACUCAGGUGGAGGGAGUAUUUGUAGGGACGACAGGGGUGGCUUCCUGUUUGCUUUUGCUUCGGCCUAUGGAGUAGGGUCUAACGUCAAUGCAGAAUUGAAGGCUAUCUAUGAUGGGAUGGAGAAAUGUCUGGCUAGUGGCUUGUUGAGGGUGGUGGUGGAAUCCGAUUCGCAACUCGUAGUGAACUUCCUGAGUGGGUCCCUCAGCCCUGGAUGGAAAUGGGGGUAUUGGAUUGCUAGGAUCAACCGGCUCAAGUGUAGGGGGCAGUUCCUUUUUCGGCAUAUCUUUAGGGAAGGCAAAGGGGCAGUGGAUGCAAUGGCCCGGUUAGGAAGUAGGGAUCAAACGACCAUGAUGAUGAGUAGUCGGGCGGACCUUCCGGCCCGAGUUAGAGGUCUCCUUUUUCUUGACAUGGUGGGCCUAAGUUCUCUUAAAGAAAGUGCUAGGGUGGUGAGGGGUUGA